AUGGACGGGUUCUUCUGGAAGACCUUGCUGGUGGUUGGAACGCUUACAAUCGGUGGGACCUCCUCACGUCCACACAAACCACUGCCUUAUGACAAGGCCGUGGAGCUUGGCGUGGCCAUCUACAAUAGCAAAGCAGCAAAAGACUUCCUCUACCGUCUACUGGAGGCUCCUCCUCAGCCUGAGUGGGAUCCCAGUUCUGAAAGCACUCAAGUGCUGAACUUCACCAUGAAGGAGACAGUUUGUCCAGUGGAAAGUGAACAUUCCUUGGAGGAAUGCGACUUCCAAGGAGAUGGGGUGGUCAGACAAUGCAAAGGCUACUAUUUCUUUGAGGAGAGACCCCCAGUGAUUGUAGUCAUCUGUGCACCUGUGGCUGGACUGGAGGAGAAGAAGAGAGAAGAGGAAGAGAAGGAGGAAGAGGAGGAGGAGGAGGAGGGUCAGCCCGGGCGGGUCAAGAGAUUCAAGAAAUUUUUCAAGAAGAUCAAGAAAGGCAUCAAGAAAGUUAUGAGGAAAGCCCCCAUGGCCAUUGGUGCCCAUCUCCCCUGGUAA